UUUCAGGAGAGCUAAUAAUUCUGACUGUAUACAGAAAAAAGACACCAUUAAGUUAGCUGAAAUAGGCUUCAAAUUAAUAUAUUAUAAAGAUCAGUAAUGUAAAAUGAAUAAAUAGUCAUUCUCUCAUUUCAUAUACUAGCUUUCAUCACUGUAAAGCCCUGCCCUCACAGGCGUGGCAUAAUGAAAACUUUUAUAACUAGCUUCAGUUUUUUAUAGCAGCACUAAUAGCAUCACAGUUUGCUUAACACUCACAGAAAUGGCAAUGGCAGCAAAAGAGUAUGUAUUCAGCGUGAGAAUAAACAGAGAGAGCAGAUCUUCUGAGGUCAGCCACGAUGGUCACAUUAGCAAAGAAGAGUUGAAAAUUGCUCUUCAGGAUGACACUGUUGCAAACAAAAUAAUCGACAGCUUCAAAAAAUAUGGAAGAGACUAUAAACUAAAAUUACGCGAUUACCUGACUUGGUACAUCCCAAACUAUCCAACCCCUGUUGAAUUUCGCACCUCAGAGGCGAGUCAUGCCACUCACGCCGAUGCACUUGAUGGGAUUUUAGAUUCAGAGGGGUUCAAGGCUGAUGGUGAUGAUCUGAAGUUCUCAUGGUGGAGCCUGAAGAUUGAUGAAGAGUGUAUAAAAGCAGCAGAGGAGCGUUAUCUGGAGGAGGUGUUUCCAACCAGAUCCCAAGAACAAAGAGAAAGACAAGAGGCAUUCCUGAGCAAAUUCACCACAUCACCUGCAUUCCACAUUCAUGAAUCCCGCUACGGAAACUUUAGAUUUAUAUUUUCCAUCAAUGAAUUAAUGGAAGCAUACAAGGAGCAGUUUUGUGGAGGUCGAGACCCAGUCCUCAGAGAGUAUAAGACGAUGUUUUACAAGCAGGAGAUCAUGUACGCUGUUCUCGUUCACAGCCCUGAUGACGAUGAGAAGUUCCAGAAUUACUCAAGAAUUGAAGAAAGCAAAUUCGUAGAUUAUAAGGAUAAUCAAAUUGUCUGGAGAGCACAAGCCAUUGGGGAUAACAUUAAAUUUAAUCUGAUGCUGGAUGAAGAGAACAGAACAGCAAAUGUAGAACCUGUGUUGGGAAAAAAAUAUUAUGUGUGGGAUCAUGUUUGCCUGGCAUUUCACUUCAAUGACGUCUUAAUGUUUGAUAAAGACACCCUAUUACAGAACUGCAUUCCGUGUAAACCAGCUGAAAUAAAAACUGGAAAGGGAAAAUGGUGCACUUAUAAAGAAGCUGAAAAAAUACUCAAGGAUUUAAAGCAGUCAUAAAAAGUAGCGGAAGCACACUAUUUAAAAAAUGAUAUGACAAAACGUCAUAACAACUUUAACUUUAAAUUACUUUAACUUAUUUUAAUAAGGUUUCAACUAAACCAAGUCAUACGAAGUUAUUAUUUUUUUGUCAGUUUGACUGAUAUAAGAUGAGAUGCCUAGAAAAUAUUCAACUUUUUUUUUUAACAGUGCAAGCAUAUCAAAUAUCACCAUUGAACAGACAUGGGCAUUCAUCUAAAAAUGACUUUAAAUGUGCACUGGAAUCUUUAAUUUAAUUAGCUUAAUAUUUUACUGGAUGCUUGUAAGAUCGAGUCUUAGAGGUCUUUAUAUAAUUUUACA